CAUUCAAAAUAUGUUCAUGAUAAAUUUAUUUUUAUAUUAUAUAUUUUUUAUUUUCUCUGUCAAUGCAAUUCAGAAUCAAAAUGAAGAUAUAUAUUCCAUUGAAGGAAAAAUUGUUAUGACGCUAGAUAAUCCUCCAAAAAAUUGGCUGAAAUAUGUUAAAAUGUAUAUUGAUAAAGAUCAUUUAGGAUUUAUCAAGGAAGAUGGCUUGUUUGUUAUUAAUAAUUUAAGUCCUGGAUCUUAUGUUAUUGAAGUAAUACAUCCAGAUAUUACAUUUGAACAAGUUAGAGUUGAUAUUAGUAAAAAUGGGAAAGUUCGUGCUAGAAGAGUCAAUAAUCUACAGCCUAAUCUUGUGGCAUCCCUACCUUAUCCAUUAAAAAUUAAAUCAUUAUUUUUGACUCAAUAUUUUCAGAUGAGGGAAAAAAUGAGGAUGACAGAUUUUCUGUUAAACCCAAUGGUUCUGAUGAUGGUUUUGCCACUUUUAGUUAUAAUGGUCAUCCCAAAAUUAAUGAAUUCAAUGGAUAUAGAUGCUCAAAAGGAAUUUCAACAAACUAAUAAUCAAUUGGCUAAAUAUGACGUUCCAGAUUUAUCUGAAAUGAUGACAAGUGCUUUCAGUUCUAUAACCAGUGGCACUUCCAAUAACAAUAAUAAACAUAAAUCUGCUCUAGCAACUAGUUCUGCAUUAGCGGCUGGAAUAAAGCAUAAUUCUUAUCAUCAGCCAUCGCAAUUACCCCCAUCUACAUCCACUUUCUCGAAUUUGAAUAACAGAAAAGAAUUUAAAUCAAAACAUAAAUGAAAAUUAGUUAUUGACGUGCUCCUAUAUUGAAAAAAUGUUUUAUCCUCUAUCAUCAUACGGUUCACAUUCAUCAAAGUUUAAGUUUGGGAUAAAAUGUUCAAUAUUUAAAAAUAAAUUAUAUUAUAUAUAUUACUUCGAUUUAAACCAAGUGGGUUAAAACAUAGCAAUCCCUUUUGUAAAUAAUGUUUAAAAAGGUAGUGUUUGUUACUCAGUAAUAACAAUUAU